ACCACGAGCAGGCGUGCGCAAAUCGCAUUCCGAAAACUUUACCACCCGGUUGUUCAAAUAAACAAAGUGAAUACCGGCCCAGACUUCCUCAACCCUCCGGUAAACUCCGUUGGCUAUACAAAAUUGCUACAGAUUGAUUGGAAACUAAUUAAAAAUAAACCGAUUCUUCGCAAAGAGUAGUGAUCGUAAAAGCUGCCACAUAAAAGCAUAAAGCGAACACAUCGAUUGCGUGCGGAACUAGAUCAUCUUCUACAGUUCAUUGGCAUAGUGUCGAUAGUGGUGUUGCCGUAUCAGCUGAUUCGUUCAUUGGAAUGCAUUCGCAGUUCACUGAACUCUCUCGCUACACAUAUUUCUUGUGAACGGGUUGGGCGGUGCGAACGAUGGCAACUUCGGACCGACUUUGCAUCAUACCUCCGAACGAGUGGAACGAACUACGUGAUCUGUAUCGUGAAAGUUGGCCCGAACAUCACGUGGCCUACGCAACGAUUGACAACUACAUCCGGUGGUAUGAAAAAGAUAGUAAUAUUAAAAACCUCACCAUUUAUUGUUUGAAUGGAAGCUGGCGGAAAGACGGCACUUAUUUAGUUGUGGAUCGCUAUCAACUAUUUGCGUACAGCCUGGAACCAAGUAACUGCGUGCUGGAGAAAGCUCUUCACCUACUUGAUUGGAGUAUAGGACUGAAAGUGAGUUCCUUACUCGCCCGUCAUCGAGAGCCGGUUAUUAAUGUUAUCACUGCAAAAAAUCUUACGAAAGAGUAUGAUAGUGAAACAGUAAUUUAUUACAUGCCGAAGACAGCUUGUGACUCACUGUGUCUGACGGUACCGGAAGGAUUUGAACUGAAGGCCGUGCAUUCGGAAGAUACAGUUAAAGUGAACGAUCUUUGGCCAAACCGACACCAGGGUUCAUUGUUCUUCUUGCAGAGGUUGGCCGCAUGGAACGCAAACGUGGGACUGUAUGAGUGUUCCACUGGUAAACUGGUGGCGUGGUGCUUUCGUCUGCAAGCCGGACCACUCGGAGCUAUGCAGGUCGACCCAGAAUAUUAUCGACGCGGUUUCGGAACAGUUGUGGCAAUUGCAACGGCUAAACAAAUAGCCGAACUCGGUCAUGAUUGUUUUGCUUUAGUUAAUGAGGCUAAUGUGCCAUCGAGGACUCUGUUUGAACGAAUUGGCUUCAAGUAUGGUGGCGAAGCUUAUUGGAUAAGAACAAUACCGACAAUACCAAACGAAUGGCAAGAUUAA